CAAAAAAAAAAAAAACCACCCAAAAAAAACCCCCACACUUAGCGGAAACUUGUCAGAGAAUGCUCCUAAAGUCUGGCUUUCUCCUGCUGCUGGCGAUCAGUGCAUCCGCAUCCUACGAAGCCGAGCAGAAUGACUCUGUGAGCCCCAGGAAGCCCAGGGUGGCAGCCCAGAACUCAGGUAACACCCAGCAAGGAGGGCUUGGAGCUGAGCCCUCAUGUCUUAAACUGUCUCACAUUGCUCUGCUGCUGGUUUUUAUUCUUUUUUUCCUUUUUUAUUUUUCCUUCUUUUUCCUUUUUUCCGGAAAAGCUUUUGUGAAGGAAAGCCUGAAGUGCAUUGCCAACGGGGUGACGUCCAAGGUGUUCCUGGCCAUCCGCAGGUGCUCCACCUUCCAGAGGAUGAUCUCCGAGGUGCAGGAGGAGUGUUACAGCAAGCUGGACAUGUGUGGCAUCGCCAAACGGAACCCUGAGGCCAUCACAGAGGUCGUGCAGCUCCCAAACCAGUUCUCAAACAGGGAUGCUCUGGGCUCCUGA